AGUAAGGAUAAUAGAGAAGUAGCUUCCUUUUAUCCGGAAAUGGAGACAUCUCUGAGAUAUGGAUAUGGAAAAGAUUCCAGAGCUUUACGAAUCCACGCGAAGGAAAAAAUCCGAAUUGACUCCAACACUUUCUUCCAGGUGCACGGAGAGCUUGAUACACAACUAGGACAACCAAGUUCUUUGAGUGCCCUAAUCAGACAUUUCUAUCCGGAUUUAUCAGCAACUCUUGGAGUAGGAGUGCGCUAUGAUAAACGUGACCGGUUGCGCUAUACUGUAAGCGCAAAGAAAACAUUUCCUGUGACAGUUGAUGGCUUGCUCAAUUUUAAAAUUAAGGAGGAAGUCCAGAGGAGCUGCCGAGUUUUCAUGGAGCAUAUUCAAUUUUCAGAAGGACCAGGAUGUUAGACUUAGACUCGGAUACGAAAUUUUUGAACAGGUUCCUUAUCUGCAGAUUAGAGAGAAUAAUUGGACAUUUAAUACAGAUUACAAAGGUAGAUGGAACGUGAGAUUUGACUUGUGAGAAAUGCAAAGAGCUUUUUCUGUGGACGUGUUCUGUUUGUCACCCCAACCUUAAGCCCCACCCUUAAAAAAGGGACCAUGCAUAAUUUUUCAUAUUUAGUCAUGCGAAUUACUUUGCAUGUGGAACUAAAUUGAUCGAUUGAAAAUGAAGUUUGCACAUGAUUUAAUAUUUAUCUUACAAUUUGUAUUAAAAUUAAAUUCUUCACUGGGAAUGGACGAUGUCAUUUGAAUUGGAUUAAUCCAUGUGUGUGAAUGAAACGGUGUCAAGCGGAUGCAAAAAUUAAGAC